AUGCUCGCGUGUGAUUUCAGCGAAGAGUGGAGUGCUUGGGCGAAAACUAGAAAAAAUGUUUGGGAACCGGAUAACCAUGACGUCUGCGAUCAUCACGUAGGCAGGGACUACCACCAGUGUCUGAGGGAAAUCUGUCGAAGCAAUGUCUUUAAGGUUAUCAAGACGAUUAAGCUGCGGGUGUGGUGGGCGGGGGAGGUGCUCCUCGGCGGGGGCGUGAAGGUGGUGCACCUCGUCCGCGACCCCCGCGCCUCCUUCAUGUCCCUCGACCUGCUGGGUAUGGUCCAGGCUGACUACAAGGUGUGGUGUCCGCGGAUCCUGCAGGACCUGGAGAUGGUGAGCACCAUGAGGGCUCUGUUCCCCGAGAGCUUUACUUCGGUGAAAUACGAAGAUCUUUGUCGCGAUCCGUGGGGAACGGCAACGAAACUGUGGAAUUUUAUUAGCAACGGAAGCACCUUUCUACCAGAGUCUUGGCGAAAUUUCUUGCAUCGCCACACGAAGAGAAGAGGCAGCAACCCCUUCGGCACGGAACGAGACACACGGCAGCAAAUCGGCGCUUGGCGGGAGAAGAUCAGCGAACGGUUGCUUUUAGAGGUCGAGCACCACUGCGGAGACGUGAUCGACAUCUUGGGUCACACUCGAUUUGGCUCUUUGGCAAAUGCCAGAAACACUUCGAUUCCGUUGGAUGGAAAGUCUGGCACGUGGGCUCCAUGAAUCGAGUCUUAGAUUAUUAAAAUGAAAGUGCCGUAUGAGGAGGUUAAGAGAAUGGUUAUCGUUAACUGCUACUUGCCGUCUCCGUCUCCGGUACAUGUGUAAUUUCUCUGCUCUUUUUACACUGCCGACUUGUACUUGUAGUGCCCAAUUAAUGUAUCUUUACUGACCCCUGUUUAUCUUAGUCUUCAGAACUUUACUUUGAGAUGGAAGUAUCAUGGUGCAGGGUAAUCAAAACAUUCACAGUAUUAUUACAAUAUUUAUUAAACAAA